UGAGUCCUCAGUGGCAACAGAGCCUCGAUCUGAUUCUCACUGUGGCCUUCCAGUUCGCCGUUAAAUUCCUGGUAUCGCUGAGCACUCACCGUAUCAUUCCUCUCGAGUAGCGGGUCCUCGGUGUGCCAGUACUGCAGUUUCAGCUCGCCAACAUCACUAACUCAGUGUAUCGAGCUGGGUUGCAGUUUUUGUCCUCCAGGCCAUUUUAUUCGAUCCUUAUCUCUCAACUCAGCCUUGGAGAUAUAUUCCAGCAGCGUGGCAUCACGUCUGACCUCGAUGAGGCCAUUGAAUUCCAGCGGGAUGCAUUACUCCUCUGUCCCCCUGGUCAUCCAAAUCGAGUUUCAGUCUCUUUCAAAAGAAUUUGGUUCUCUUGAUACUCAACUCAAGCUUGUCAGCAUCCUUCGUAAACUUGGGCAUGGCGUCGUUGGCCCCAUAGUACAAGCCCUUAGGGUAUCCAAUAUUCGCCCCGGUUCGCGUAUCUGGCG